GUGACCAAUGAGAUCACUCCUGUGUUGACGUACUCCUACAUGGCCGUGCUGGUUCCGGCCUUCCUGCUGACAGAUCUUUUGCGCUACAAGCCGGUCCUGAUCAUCCAGGGCGUCAGCCAGGUGGUCAUCUGGCUCAUCCUGCUGCUGGGCACCACCCUCCUCGAGAUGCAGUUCAUGGAGUUUUUCUACGGCAUCACCAUGGCGUGCCGCGUGGCCUACUCCUCCUACAUCUUCUCCCUGGUCACCCCAUCCCUCUACCAACGCGUGGCCGGAUACUCACGCUCCUCAGUCCUCCUGGGGGUGUUCACCAGCUCGGUUCUGGGCCAGCUUUGCAUUUCCUGGAUCAAAGUCAGCUUCUACACCCUCUGCGCGAUAUCUUUGGGUUUCGUCAGCUUUGGUUUGACUCUGGCGCUGUGCCUCCCUUGGCCGAAACGCUCCUUAUUUUUCAACCGGACGCGGAAUCAGGAGCAAAAAGACGUGGCAGCAGCAGCCACCAAAGCAGAACUGGACCAAAUAAACCCGAAAGAGGACGCCUCGUCCCCGGCAGCGCCCUGGUGCUCUUCAUCACGCUGGAGAAACUCUAUCUUUGUGCAGAUGCUGCUGGAGGUGGGGAAUGUAGUGAGGAGGCCCAACCUGAGGCUCUGGUCCCUGUGGUGGGUGUUCAACUCCACAGGGUACUACCUGGUGCUGUUCUACGUGCACAUCCUGUGGAACAAAGUCUACCCGGCAACUGAGAGCAAGAACGUUUACAACGGGGCGGUGGAGGCUGCUUCUACCCUGCUGAGUGAGACAUUUCUGCAGCUACAGUACUUUUAUAGGAAGAUCUGUUUCUCAUACAGCAGUUAGGAUUCAGUUUCACGGUCCUUGCUGCUUUUAUUCACAUCGGCAUUCAACUGCAGCUUGCAAUCUAAAUUUAGAUCCAAAUAAUGAGGACAACUCCUC